AUGUGAUAGCAAAGAGGUGGCACAUUAAUGGAGCGCCUCUACAGGGGUCUUUUCUGCUCAUGUCACUACAUAAAACUAUCAGAUGGUUAGAGGAAGGCCAUGGAGGCAUCCACUUAGCUCGUCUUAUCAAGGACGCCAGAUGAAGUCUAUUCAGCUCUGCUAGCGGGACAAGCUGACUUACUUUGCAAGCAAGACUUACAGCAGCCUUCCCUCCAUAAAUGUGCACCGUCCGCCCGCCUGCACACUGCAGAGGCGCUCAAUCUGCCUGUUUUACGCACAACGCAACUCGAGCCUGAGCGGCAUUGCAACUUUUCUCCGUGGUUGUUUUCAUGAAGAGCGGGAAGCUUUCGUCAAGGAACUAAGGGAGACUACUUUUUUUAAUUGCUUUUUUUGAAAAUAUCGAGGAUGCCUCGCCCUGGAAGAAACACGUACAGCGACCAGAAGCCACCUUACUCCUACAUCUCCCUCACAGCCAUGGCCAUCCAGAGCUGCUCGGAGAAGAUGCUGCCUCUCAGUGAAAUUUACAAGUUCAUCAUGGAUCGAUUCCCUUAUUAUAGGGAAAACACUCAGCGGUGGCAAAACUCUCUGCGACACAACCUGUCCUUCAACGACUGUUUCAUUAAAAUCCCCCGGCGCCCGGAUCAGCCAGGCAAGGGCAGUUUCUGGGCUCUGCACCCCAGCUGCGGGGACAUGUUUGAGAAUGGAAGUUUCUUGAGACGCCGCAAAAGGUUCAAACUGUUGAUGUCCGCCGAACACUUGGCCCAGAGUAAGCAGUCGGAUGCUGCCCAUUACCUCCAGCAGCAAGCCAAGCUGAGGCUGAGCGCCCUGGCAGCCUCUGGCACACACCUGCCCCAGAUGUCAUCUUACAACCUCGGAGUGUCUCAGUCCUCAACUUUUAAGCAUCCAUUCGCCAUCGAGAAUAUCAUCGCCAGAGAGUACAAGGUCCCGGGAAGCCUGGCGUUCUCCACCAUGCAGUCCAUGUCUGCCGGGUACCCGCUGCACAACCAGCUGACGACAGCCUGGCCCCACAUGUACAACACCAGCAUGAUUGACACGGUGGCACCGAUCUCCAUGGCGAGCGGCGACUAUAGUGCCUAUGGCAUGCCCCUCAAGUCCCUGUGUCACGGCGGACAGAUUCCUUUGCCCAUCAAGCCCACCCCGACCUCCAUGGCCGGCUUCUCGGCGUUACCUCCACACAUCCCCGCGUUUCUAUCAAACUCUCCGCAGUCUCUGAGCCCGACGUCCCCUCAGACAGCGACGAGCCAAAGCAGCCCUGCGACCCCGAGCGAGACGCUGACGAGCCCCUCCACACUGCAGUCUGUGGCGGUGCACUGACCAGCGGGACUCUCCCAGUAGAACCAGCUGCUGGCCGGCUCGCAGGCCGCUUUACCAAUCCCAAAGUUUAUAUUUUCUGUCGUCGGAAACUAUCAAGGCGAGUUGCAGUUGCAUAUCGAAUUAUUUGUGUAUGUGUUGAAUGUGUCGCUUUAAAUUGUGUCAUAGAAGUCCAGCACAGGAUCGCACAGCGAAGUAUUGCUCUUGAAAAUAUAAAUUAUUUGAUAGUUCUAUUUUUCAGUUUAUUGUGAAAUGUGAGUGUUGAAAGUGGAGUUGUUUUGGCACCAUCAACUCUCAUUUUAAGUGCUUGCAAUUCCCGUGGCAGUUUUUCAGUUUUAUCAAAUAGCAACACUUUUGCACCGUUUCUGUGUGACCACUGUAAUGUCAAUGAAAUUGCGAGGCAAUGCCUGUGUUUUUUUGUUUGCUUUUUAAUACUGGAAUGAUGGAUAAGGGUAUACCAAAUAGGAAUAGGAUUUAGAUUUGUUCUUACCAUCACUGUACAUAAAAGAAAACAAAAUGAGUUAUCAAAUAUUUUCCAAAUGGAAAAGUAGUAUGAGACUUCCUCAGAAUGCAAGAUGUGAAUAUUGCAAAUAACUGAUACUGAAAUGUUGUAAAAUGCACUUUUUAGUUUUAUGUUUUAGAUAUCUAUUUUCCAGAAAAUGUUCUGUGAAGAAUUUAAUUUAAAAGGCUGUGGUGACCAUGUGUAUCAGAUGCUGUACAUUUGUACUUUUGUUUUUUUUAGGUAAAGCAUGCAUUCUAAAAAAUUGUGUUGGUACUGUUGUUGUAAAUGUUGUUGUUUGUUUUUUGUUUGUUUAUUUUUUGCAAGCAUGCGUGCUUUCGAAAAGUGUGCAAAAUCUGCAAUGAAUUGGAAAAAAGGUCAUCGAAAUAUUUUCUCAUUAAAAGUGAAGUAAACAAUCAAACGUGUUUCUGGAGGUUUAAUGUAAGACACUGUCACAUAUUAUUAUUAUUUGUAUUUGUAUUAUUACUAUGUAUAGGUAUUUUAUAUAAACAGUUACUAUUCAAUUGGCAACAUUUUUUUUAACUCUUAAAACUCUUGAAUUGUUGCUAUAUCUUAAUUAAAUGACAAUAUUAAGUAAAGCAAAAAUAAUGCUUACUUGUAAACAUUAUAUUUGAAUUGGUCCUGUUUUCAGGCCUGUAUGAAUUGAGAGUGUGUGAGUGGCUCAGCAGCAGUGGGAGAGAAAUGAAUCGUGCAGUCGAUUAGGAUGCAUGGAGUUGCGAUGCCAUGGUCACAGCGCAGACAACUGGCCUCAUUCAUCACUCUGUAGGCUAAACACAAUUAAGCCCAAUAAUAAAUAAACAUUUUAAAACAUGCAAA